CAUAUGAGUUUUGGACGAAAUGCAUUCGGGGAUAUUCGGAUGCACAAGUCUGUUGUAUGCUCUGUUACUCAUGCUGGCAGCCAUUUUGUAACAACUGAUAACCAUGGAGGAAGAGGGCAGAGGAAAGAACGUGAGCGAGCACUUCCUCAGUCAGUAUCGCUGCGGUCCUCUGCUUGGCAGUGGAGGUUUCGGCUCCGUGUUUUCAGGACAGAGGCUCUCUGAUGGACUACAUGUUGCCAUUAAGGAGAUUACAACUGACAAGUUGACAACACUGUCAGAUGAGAUCAAUCACAUUCCCAUGGAGAUUGCACUGCUGCAGCAGCUGUCAGAGGACAGGGGACACCCUGGGGUCAUCCACAUGCUGGAGUGGUUCAAGGUGGAGGGGCGGGGCUUCCUGCUGGUGAUGGAGAGGCCGCUACACUGUCAGGAUUUGUUUGACUUGAUCACGGAGAGAGGAGCUCUGUCAGAAAGCCUCUCACUCAGGAUUUUCCAUCAGGUGGUCGAGGCGCUUCAAUUCAUUCACUCCCGCGGCAUCGUGCACAUGGACAUCAAAGACGAGAACAUAGUGGUAAACACGAUGACAAUGGACAUCAAAAUCAUAGACUUUGGGUCUGGGGCAUUGCUUAAAGACGGCAUGUACAGCGAGUUUCAAGGAACCCGUGCCUACAGCCCCCCCGAGUGGAUCGCGUCAAAGUCCUACAAGGCGGUCCCCCUCACCGUCUGGUCUCUGGGGGUUCUGCUAUUCGACAUGGUCUGCGGCGACAUUCCCUUUGAAAAUGAUCAUGAGAUUUACAAAGCCUGCCCCAGGUUCACCAGGCCGGUGUCUACAGGAUGCCAGUCUCUGAUUCAUUGGUGCCUCUCCUUCCAGCCUGAGGACCGUCCCAUUCUGAAGGAGAUCCUGUCACACCCCUGGAUGAAAGAGGAGGAAGACGAGGAGAAGGGAGGCUUGCGGGAGGAGCAUGGCUCCCUUCCCUGCCAGUUCCUGUGAAGUAUCAGGACUGUGGACUGUUAAGGACUUUAGAUUUGCAGAUUGGACGCGGUCCUGUUCUGCUUUCAGUUAAGACUGGUGGCACCCUUAGCUGGAAAUUAUUUUUCUAUGUUCGUUUGCAUAUUUAUUGAUUGUUUAUUUUGGCUUGGGUUGCUGAUGGUACAGACUGUGAAGCAGAGUUUCACCCUGUUUAUUUUUACAUUUAAGGUUUUUUGUUUGUUUUUUUUGUUUAUAAUUUACUGAAACCUGCAAGCAGCGACUUUGAUCAGUCCCACAAUAAAAGUGGAAUUAACGA